AUGACUAAACAAACUGAAGGUCCAAUCAUCAAUGAUGAAGAAAGGAAAUCAUAUGAUUCCAUAACGGAGCGCCCAAAUGUUCAUUCUGUUGGAUCUCAAUCCACUUCAGCACUCUUAAACAAUGAGGUUGAUCCACAAGAUGAAUCAAAUAUUUGGUCCAAAAAGACUAUUUAUAGAGCUUGGUUAUUAUUAUGUUUUACUACAGGUCCUGUUGCAUCAAUGAGUCGUACUUAUGUUCCAGCUACGAUUCAAUCAGUUGCAAGAAGUGUUGGGAAAACAUCAACUGGUGAAAAAUGUGGACUUAGAGGUAAUGAUUGUUUUGUUAAAUUUGGUACAGGUCUUGUUCAUUAUUCUUCAUAUGUCUUAUAUUUAAAAGCUAUUUAUACUGCAUUGGAAGGUGUCGUUGCGUUAUUAUUGAUGGGGAUUGCAGAUUAUUCAAAUUAUAGAAAAUGGAUCUUGAUCACAUCAGUUGCAUUAUAUGGUUGUUUUGCCUUACCUUUUGCUGGAUUAACUGAUAAGACUUAUGCUCAUUUAAGAGGAUUAAGUGCUCUUUAUGGUUUAUUGAAUGUUGAUAAUGCAAUUUAUCAAAUUUUAGAAGGUUCUUAUAUUCCAUUAUUUAUGAGAGCUGCAGUUCCAGCAAAACGUGAUAAUAAUGGUGAUGAUCAAGCUGGACAUCAGCCUGAGCAAGUAUUAGCUGAAGAUGUUAGACGUUCAAUGGUUUUGAAAAGAGGUUCAACCGUUAGUGUCAUGGGUAUAUUCUUGGGUAAUUGUGGUGGGAUGACUGCUCUUUUAAUUGGUAUAAUUAUUUCAUAUGGAAGAGGUACACCACAAGAAGAUGGAUAUCAUAAUUUUCUUUUAGCUAUAACUAUAGCAGGAUGUGUCACUGUGGUUUUCAGUAUGAUUUCAUCAUAUUAUAUUCCUAGUACAAAGGGGAAACCUUUACCAAAAGGUGAAUUUUUACAAUUUUUAACUUUCAAGAGAAUGUAUGGAUUGAUUAAACAAAUUAGAAAAUAUCCAAAUGCUUUUAUAUUAUGUAUUGCUUGGGUUAUUUGGAAUGUUAGUUUUAAUAAUUUCAUGAUGGUUUGGGUCUUAUUAUUUAGAUCCACUUUGGGUAUUGGUAAUUCUGAUUCUGAAUAUACUGUUUAUACAUGGAUGUCUUAUGUUUUAGCUUCAUUGGGUUCAUUAGCUUGGAUGUUUGCAUAUCCAAGAACUCGCUUAACUAUCAAGCAGUGGGCCUAUUCAUUCCUUUCCAUAUCAUUUUUUACAAAUUUCUGGGGUUGUUUAGGUAUUAAUUCAAAUACUAAAGUUGGUUUCAAACAUCGUUGGGAAUUUUGGGUCUUUGAAGUGUUUUAUUCAGCUUCAAGUUCUGCAAUGAGAUCAUUGAAUAGAACAUUGUAUAGUUCCAUGUUACCAGAAGGUGAAGAGGCUCAAUAUUUUGGGUUGGAGAUUAUGUUGGGAGUUGCUGUUGGUUGGAUUGGAGAUUUGGUUAAUGCUACUAUUCAAGAUCGUACUGGUAAUGAUAGAUAUCCAUUCUUACCAAAUUUGUUUUUGGUUUUGAUCUCAUUGAUUCUGUAUGCUGUUUGUGAUUCAGAACAAGAAAUGAGAGACGUGAAGAAGAUCAGAGAAGAAGAGGAAUAA